AGGGGAUGGGUCGCUGAUGGGAGGGGAAGGGGGCAAGUGGUGGUGCUCGACUUCUAGGCAGCUAGCUAGGUCGCUUCAACAAAUGGACCUGCAGGAACGGCAUACACAGGUGUAUGCCAACCAACAUGCUCUCUCUGUGUUGUCUCCAUCCGUCCGCCCAUCCAUGCGCACCUGUCUGUCAUUGGUCGUCGAUGGUGAUGGUGGUGCCCGAGCCACUGAUGUCGGUGUCUCUGUUGUACCACAGCGCGGCGUCGCUGAUGGCGCUUACCCGGCCCUUGACGCCGGUCAUGAACGCUAUCACCUCACGCGCCUCGCGCGUCCUGAAACUCGACAGGUACGGGUGCGACGACGGCGGGAUGUCGGGCACCUCGUUGCUGGCGAGGCAGACACGACACACACCAUUCAGAUGGAUGGAUGGUCGUAGGUAGGGUGGUGUCAGUGGCUUGUUUGCCUACAGGGGGAGUUCCGGCUCGUCGACUUUCUGUUGUGGCUCGGCUUUCCACUUGUCGACGUCAGUCGUCUCCAACACAUACCUGCACACAUCCAUCCAUCCAUCCAGCCAUCCACGAUGCGUCCAUCUUUCCAUUCCACCCCCUCCCUCCCCACACAUACACGUCUAGUGAGGUGAACAUGCCGUUGUCCUUGACGAGCGAACCCGUGAUCCACACCGCCGGCUCGUCUGGCCGAUCCCCGCCCUCCCCCUCCCCCUCACCCGCCCCCUGGCUCUCCUCGCCAUCCGCCUUGCGCUUCCGCGACUGCCGCUUGGCCUCGUUUCUGGGCCAUGCUGCCGCGGCGGCCACGCGGGCGUUGGCCUGCCUCUGGAGGUUGCUGAGCUCGUAGCUGACGUUGCCCUCCUCGAGGUGAGUGGUCUGGAAGGCGGUGCUGUCCAGCCACUUCUGCAGCUCCGAGGGCAGCUCCCGUGUGUUGUGGCAGAAGUCGAGGGCGAACCCGCAACGCUUCACGAAACGGCGGUGGAUGUCAUACCUGUGCGGCGGGGAGGGGGGAUGGAUGCGCCAAGGCAGGGAGGGACAUGUGAAUGAGUGAUAUGGGGCGGUCGGGCACUGUGAUCUGUGUGCGGUUGGGUGGAUUGUGUGUGUUUGCGUACCGUGGGAUCAUGCCGCAGUUGGCACACCAGUAGUGUGAGCACUGCGAUGCCAACCGGGGCUCGCCGUUGACACACGUGCCGCCACGGUUGAUGCACCGAUAGCAAUCCUGACACACACACACACACACACAAGCACCGUGCCCCGGGAUGGUUUUGAUGGCGUGUCUGUGUGUGGCCCACCCACCUACCUUCAUGAGCCAGGUACGAAGUGAGGGUUUGAUGAAUCCACAGAUGAGGAAGAACUGGGCGAUGACGGUGGGGCAGUCGAGGCCGUAUUGCCGCGCGUCGCCGCCCCUUUUCUUGGCCGCCUUGUUCCACCUCUGCAUCUGCUGCCGCAUCUUGGCCAUGUCGCUGUCCGUCACCGUCUUGACGAACACCGGCUGGCCACCCGAUGCAGGUGCUGUGGCGGUGGUGUUCUUGGUCUCCAUCUCGUCGAUGAUGCGGGCGCUGCAGAGGAAGGACACCCACGGGUCCCACAGGCCCGGUCGGCCCGCCAGCUUCCGCGCCACAUAGACGAUGUUGGCGCGCUCCUUCAGAUCAAAACGGAUGACGCUCGAGCUGCUCGGGCCUGCACACACAUGAUGACCACACACGCACACGCGCACAUGAGGCCAUGGGGCGUGGCGUGCAUUGCGGUGCGUACCGUAGUGUUUGUUGAUUUGGUAUGAGAGGUACGGCAGCGUCACGAAGUGUGUGGGGAAGUAGUGAGACGCCGCAGCAAGAUUGGCACAUGACUGGGGGUCCAACGCAUCCAACCUGAAGAGACGCAUCACAACACCAGACCACCCACCCACACACACACGACACAGCCACCGACAUGUGCACCGCGCCAUGAUGGCCGUCUCGCCACGUCGCCGGGCCGGCCGGUCGGUCGGCGUGCUUACAGUUCUAUGCGCAGGCAGUCCUCGACCUGUUUGAAGAGUGAGGGCGUGUUGUGCUGCCAGCAUGGGUUGCGAUGGUUCUGCCGCGGACACGGACAGCUCGGCUCCCGCUGCCUCAGAACAGAAUCCAUCACGGCCAAGCCGAGGGACUGCUCACACCGUCUGAGACACCCUCUCUAAGGCGACUUCCGCUACCUGCAGCAGGACAAGACAGCCAGGUGACGGGCUGAAGGCACGAUGCGGUGCUCCUGGUGGAUCUGCCGUCGUUGCUUCUAUUCUCACUGGCUGCGUGUGGCCACUUCCCCUUCUCUCGUACCCAGGAGCUGGCAGGAGUGCGUGUACUGACUCCCCGUCGUCGGCAAAUUGAUCUUCGUAGGCUGCUCUCGUGUACUCAGAGAUGGCAGCCACACACUGUUUCUCACCUUUGUUAUCGUCAACCUGCC